AGUGACUCGCGCAAAGUCACACGGGUGGCAGUUGGCGGAAAUCAUCGUCAUCAUCAAUCGUGUCUAUCGAGCGCUUACUGUGCGCAGAGCACCGGACUAAGCGCUUGGGAAGUACAAGUUGGCAUGACCUUGGACUCCAAAGCCCGGGCCCUUCGCCACUGAGCCAAGAUGGGGUGCGGGGGCCGUUGGGGGAGGCCCCCUGGGCUACGGGCAGCGGGGACCCGUCCCGGGGUAGAGACUCGGUGGGACGGGGGCGACCCCGAGCCCGUCUCCCCCCCGCCCGCCCUCGACUUUCCCGCCUCCAGGUCGCCGGCCAUGUCGUCGCCGCGGCCGCCGCCGGGCCCCGGGCCUCCGCUGGUGGCCGUGUGCCAGGUCACCUCGACGCCGGACAAGGAGCAGAGCUUCGCGGGCUGCGCCGGGCUGGUGCGGGAGGCGGCGGCGGGCGGCGCCGUGCUGGCCUGCCUGCCCGAGGCCUUCGACUUCAUCGCCCGCGACCCCGCCGAGACGCUGCGGCUGGCCGAGCCGCUGGCCGGGGACCUCGUGGGCCGCUACAGCCGGCUGGCCAGGGAGUGCGGCGUCUGGCUGUCCCUGGGCGGAUUCCACGAGCGCGGACCGGACUGGGAGACCACCCCGCGGAUCUACAACUGCCACGUGCUGCUGGACAGCCACGGCAGCGUGGUGGCCACGUACAGGAAGACUCACCUGUGCGACGUGGAGCUGCCGGGGCAGGGGCCCAUGCGGGAGAGCGGCCACACGCUGCCCGGCCCGGCGCUGGCCGCCCCCGUCAGCACGCCCGUGGGCAAGCUGGGCCUAGCCAUCUGCUACGACCUGCGCUUCCCGGAGCUCUCCUUGGCGCUGGCGCAGGCGGGAGCCGAGAUCCUCACCUUCCCCUCGGCCUUCGGCUGCAUCACGGGCCCGGCCCACUGGGAGGUCCUGCUCCGGGCCCGGGCCAUCGAGACGCAGUGCUACGUGGUGGCGGCGGCCCAGUGCGGGCGGCACCACGGCCGGCGCAGCAGCUACGGCCACAGCCUGGUGGUGGACCCCUGGGGGACCGUGGUGGCCCGGGGGCCCGAGGGGCCCGGCCUCCUCCUGGCGCCCGUCGACCUGGACCACCUGCGCCACGUCCGCCGCCAGAUCCCCGUCUUCCGGCACCGCCGGCCCGACCUCUACGGCCACCCGGGCCGGGCCCUGGGCGGCCGCCUGGCCGGCGACCCGGCCCUCUGAUCCGCCCCCGCCGGAGCCAGUCGGGACCCGGAUGCAGUCGCUCUUUAUUUCGAGAAAAACCGAAGCUACACGGGGCUCGGGGGUGGAGGGGCGCGGGCGGAGUU